UGUGUUUCAUCUGAACAGUACACGAUCAGAGUAAAAAGAAGUAAAAACAAACCCAGCGAAGCACAAAAGUCUGGAAAAUGGAGAACACGGCAACGCUGAGACAGUGGUUCGACCGAGUUGACUCGGACAAAACCGGAAGCAUCACGGCGGCUCAGCUCAAGAAUGCAUUUUCCGUCGGAAACCUCGAAUUCUCCAUCUCCAUUGUUCAACAGAUGAUCAGGAUGUAUGACUUUGAUAGGAAUGGAACUAUGAGCUUCGAAGAAUUUGUUGCACUCAACAAGUUUCUUCUCAAGGUUCAACAAGCUUUCUCAGACUUGGAGAGGGGUCGGGGGUAUCUUGUUCCUGAUGACGUUUAUGAGGGAUUGGUGAAAAUAGGAUUCUCCCUCGACUCUCCUGCAUUUUACACAGUAUGUGAGAGUUUCGAUCAAAAGAAGAAUGGAAGAUUCCGGCUUGAUGAUUUCAUAUCUCUUUGUAUUUUCGUGCAAUCUUCAAGGAAUCUCUUUAAUUCGUUCGAUACAAGCAAGCAAGGCAGAGUCACUCUUGAUCUCAAUCAAUUUAUAUACUGCACUGCCAAUUGUAGGAUAUGAUACAUUCUCGACCACAGGCAAAGAUGAACAAAUGGUGUACAUUGACUCUUUUUGAGAUGGCUGUGAUUUAUGAGAAGACCAUAUUUAUCUUAUAUCAUGUGUUGGAUCUUGUGUGUUUUCUUUCUAGUGUAGAAUCUUGGAUACUUAUCGAGUCUCGUGUAAAUUGGCUUAGUCCUGGAAAAUCAAACUUGCGGAUCCUUUUGUUCAAGUUAAUAUUAAAUCACCGAGUCAGAAA